AAGCGGCCGCCGGAAAGAGCCGAGGGGCGGCGAUCGGCGCUUUUCGGAGCGCCUCGCCCCGCCUCCUUUUCCGGAAGAACCCGAAGUGUUCCGGAAAGAGCCGAAGCGGGGUCGAAGCGCCGGAACGAGUCGAUCUUCUUCCGGAAGAAUCCGAAGCGCCCUCGGGCCCGCCUGAAAGUCCUGAGGGGCUCCGAACCGCCCCUUCCGGAGACCCCCCUCUCCCCUCCCCCAUCUUUUCCGGAAAUCCCCCGAGCCCCUCCCCCUCUCCCUUCCGGAGAUCCCCGAAGCGAUUCCGGAGUUUCCGGAAGCGGCUCCCGAGCGGUGCCGGCGGACCCCGAGGCCGUUCCGCCACCUCCCGGAACGGUUCCGAAGCAGGUCCGGAAGUUGCCAGGCGACUUCCGAGUUUGCCGAGAGAUUCCGAAGCCCUGCGGAGGUUCUCGAAGCGAUUCCAGAGACCUACGAAGCGGCCCCGGAGAUUGCCCAGAGGUUCCGAAGCGGUUCCGGAGAGUCCCGAACCUCCUCCCCCUUUUCGGAGAUCUCCGGAAGGUUUCGAGAGGCUCCGGACAUCCCUGAGACCGUUCCGCAAAGCCCCGAAACGGUUCCGAAGCGGUUCCGGAGAUCCUCGAGGCGGUUCCGGAAGUCGCCAAGCGACUCCGGAGGUUCCCGAAGCGCUUCCGGAAACUCCCGAAGUUGUACCGAAGCAAUUCCGGAGCUUCACGAAGAGAUCCCGGAAGUUGCCGAGCGGUCGUGAAGCGGUUCCGGAGAGUUCCGAGCGGCUCCGGAAGUUUCCGAGCGGCUCCGGAAGUUGCCGAGCCGGCCGGCCCUCAGCGCUCGCCCCCGGCCCCCGUCGCCCCCGGACCCCCCGAACCGGAGCCGCCCCCGGCCCGGCCCCGCUCCCUCGGCCCCGGGGGGGGCCCGGACCCGCCCCGGCCCCGCCGCCCCGGCCCGGCAGGAUGAUCAAGCUGUUCUCGCUGAAGCAGCAGAAGAAGGAGGAGGAAUCGGCGGGCGGCACCAAGAGCUCCAGCAAAAAGGCCUCGGCCGCGCAGCUCCGCAUCCAGAAAGGCCUGUCCCCUCUGUCCCUGUCCCCUCCUGUCCUCCCGGUGACAUUUCUCUGUCCCCAGGGUUUCUACAAGGGCGGCAAAUUUGUCUUCAGCUUUAAGGUGGGCCAGGGCUACCCCCACGACCCGCCGAAGGUGAAGUGCGAGACGAUGGUGUACCACCCCAACAUCGACCUGGAGGGCAACGUCUGCCUCAACAUCCUCAGGGAGGACUGGAAGCCGGUGCUGACCAUCAACUCCAUCAUCUACGGCCUGCAUGACACUCCUGGGGGGGCUG